AUGGAUAGACAAAUUGUUGUAGAUGGAACUGGUCAUAUUGCAGGUAAAUUAGCUGCUUGUGUGGCUAAAAAGUUAUUAGAAGGAUAUAAAGUUGCAGUAGUAUGUUGUGAGAAUAUCAUGUUUACUGGACCACUUCACAGACGUGUAGGGAAGUAUAACAGUUAUAAAGAUAAGAGAUGUGUAGUUAAUCCUAAUAGGGGAGCUUUUCACUAUAAAGAACCAUCAAAGUAUUUCUUUAAGAUUCUUAGAACUAUGGUUAGACGUAAGUCCACCAAAGGUAAAGAAUGUCUCACUCGUGUUGAAACUUUUGAAUCAAUUCCAAGAUGCUACUUUAAUGUUGAAAGAGUAAUGUUCCCAAAGGCUCUUAAUGAACAGACUAACAAUCCUGAGGGUAAAACUUGUUUAAUGGGAGAGCUUUUAGAGAAAUUUGGUUUUAACAACAGAAAAUUAGCUAAUGAUCUCACCAAAUCAACUAUUGAAUCAGAAGAGAAGAUUAAUAGUGUUGUAAGAGAAAAGGAGAGUGCAAUUAAUGAAUUUAAAAAGACUGAAUCGUUUAAAAAAGACCUCAAAACAAGAUUAGAUGCUCUUUUGUAA